AUGGCCAAGGAGAAGAAUUACAACCCGGUGCAGGCUCAGCGGAAGGCCGACAAGGCUAAGGCUAUCAAGAAAGGAAAGGCUGAUGUUGCAGCCAAGCGCAAUGAGCGCCUUGCAAAGCGCAACCCGGAGCGCAUACAAAAACAAGUCGAUGACCUGAAGGCAAUCGCCACUGGUGGUGGCAAACUUACACGACACGAAGAGCAGCUUCUGGAAGGCCUGGGAAAGGAGCUCAAGGCAGUGCAAAAAGCUCGCGAGGCACUCGGCGACGCAGCACCUCAGUUCAGGCGCGACGGGCCACCACGCGACGGAAACAAUGACCGAGGAGUGCUAGGCAAACGGAGACGAGACUUUAAUGAUGCCCAGUCGAGCAGUGACAGCGAUGUGCCUGAGGACGUCAAGGCCAUCCCCAUGCCGAGGGACACGCCACCGCCCAUCCCGAAGGAGUUCAUGGAUAAGUGGUGGGCCAAGAGGAGGGCAAAGAGGAAUACAAAUGCCAACACUGAGCCGCUUGGGCGUGACAGAGGCAUUGGCGGGGAGGGCGGUAAUGAUAACGAGCGUUCUAUGACGAAACCACCAGCACCGGUGGUCGAGAGCAAGACGGUGUACGAAGCCAAGCCCAUGGUGAGGGAUCUAAGGAAAGAGGCUGCCGCCUUUGUUCCGACCGUUGUGAGGCAAAAGCUGGAUAAAAGCCAGGGCAAGGGCGGUCUGAUGGAGCCCGAGGAGGCGGACAGGUUGGAGCAAGAAGGGUACCUGAAAUCUGCAGCCGCCAUGACAACGGAUGGCCCGUCGACCGAGAUCGAAGAUGGUUCGGCACCUGCACUCAGGCAUGUCACCAUGGAGGAAAUUGAAGACGACGAAGACUGAAAGAAAACCAAAACAAAUUGUCUGGGCGACUCAGCCACACAAGGAAUGAAUUCACCUAUAGUCGUGGAGAUAUCGCAAAAGUCCACGUUCUACAAUGAAACAUUGGUAGCCAACUGUCUGGGCUCCCAUCUCAGUGGACUGCCAGCCUCAGGUGCUCUAGCCUCUGCAGACAUAGUAUUCCGGCUACCUUUGGUGGCCUCGUGCUAUGACAGCAAGUCUCCUUGCUGUUCGAAACAUUUAGUAUGGUCCAAUGAGAGGCGGACUCGAUCCGCGGCCACCACCAAGAGGCAACACCGACAUGUCGAACAGAGACACAUGCUAAUGGCGAGAGUACGAAUCUGAGGGACAACGGUGGACUCUGGUUUGGUGGUGCCACGCCGUAAACGAGUCUUCACAAUUACGUGCAAGGUAUACUGCCAGUUAUCACAAAAUUAACCUGAAGGAGCAACAUUCUCCCGCUGGACUCCUACUUCUGACAAAUGGCGGGGUUACGGAUGACAUGUGCAAACUCGUGAUUGGGCAUGGAGGAGGAUGUUGGGAGUGUGGCAUCCUUCUCGUCUGCUCUGCCGCCUCGCCUCCUUCAGUCUGGGGAUAGCAUAGUCAAUAUUUCAAAUAUCUCUUAUCCC